AUGAAUUGUACAAGUGAGCCAAGUUUGAUGACCCAUGUUCAGAAAGGGAAUGCAAAUCUGACUGCCGUAAAUGCCGAGGCUGCCCGGGAGCGACUCGACGGUGUAGGUGGGGAUAUUGAGGAAGGCAGUGAAAGCCGUUCCAAAGAUGCAAACUCCGAGCCAUCCAAGCAGAAGAGGAAAGAAAUGAGGAGAGAGGCAAAGGAAGCAAAGAAACUUACAAAGGCACUGAAAAAAGAAAAAAAGCGAAAUAAACGCAGCAAGCAUAACAAGCACUCUUCAGACGACAGCGAUUCCGAGAUGGAAUGGACCGAACGCACAUCUGCCACCCGACAGGGCACAGAGGAGCGCCGCCUAGGAUCAGAUGACAGUACUUUGCGCAAGGUUAGGGAGAGAGCUCCUAGAUCACACAAGGAUACUGAGGGAGAUAUCAGUAAGCGGUCAAGGCACAGAGAUGAUAGAAGUCGAGGUAAAGAGCGCAGGGGCCGCAGUCGGAGUCGAAGCGAGAGUCGCGACAGAGGCAGCAGACUUGAAAGGGAUAGGGACGAUAUACGUCGCGAAACCCACCAUCAUAGGCGAGGGCAAGCUGGAAAUAACAGUAAAGAUGGUCUUCGGAGCAGGAGUAGGAGUAGCUCGAGUAGUCGAGCUUCAAAUGGGGGAAAUGGAGAUGGAUGCGAUAACACAGGUGGAUCGGAUGUGAAGUCAAAGCGCAGUGCACGAGAUAGAGCGGGUGAGAGGGACUUUCGUAGACGUCAAGAGCACACCAACGAACGCAGUGAGUCUUAUAGAGGAGAUGCAGGAGAGAACACCCACCGACACUCCCAGUCGCAUAGGCGACAUAGAAGCAGAAGCAGAAGCCGCAGCAGAAAUAGGCGAAGCAUGAGUAGGGAGAGGCGGAAUCGGUAGUACUCUGAAUACUAGGUGGUACUUCUAUGAAUACACUUGAUUUGUGGUGGGGAUUUCGCCUAGACAUCAGAAAGUAGGCUCGCAUUGAUAUUGAGAUCGCAGCAAUGGACUAAAGGGUCGAAAAGUGAAGAGGACCGACAUGGCACGCACCGACGACACAAGUCAUAUCAGAGGAAUAUAAAAUAACAGUAAGAAAUGUUUUCAAUAUGCUUAGGAAAUGGAAGAGUAUUCCUCGUGCGAAAGCAAUCGAAUAUUAAAGAGAGAUGAAUAGAUUGUAAAUGUUUAAAAAGGAAAGCAUAUCAACAGACUUGUCCGUGACGAGAUUCCGGUUGCAGAGGUGUGCUCAUAUAUGUGUCAUCGCAAACGUAAGAGAAGUUGAGCCAUCUGGCUCCGAUAUUGUACAACACUGCCUUAAAAUGUUUUAGGGUUUUUAUCGGAAUUUCAUGAUUUUCGUCGUUGCAAAUCUG